GCGCUCCUGUGCGGACUGACCUGCCUGCCUGCGCGCCCAUCCUUUCCAAGAGUGUGCCACCUUGGUUUAGCAGCUUCUCCCAUUGCCUUCACCUCAAGACGACAAACGUGGAUCUAAAAUGUGCAUUUUGGUCAACUUUGGGGAUCGAAUGGACGUUUAGCAGAGAAGGGAAAAUAGUUCCAAGGACAUCUUGUGCUUGCGGUACUGCACCGCGGGGAGUAAAAAUAGUUGCCAUGGAGCAACACUCUCAAAUCACGCUUGGAAUUUUCUAACAGAGCCCUGCGCGCAGCCAAGCAUCUACUUAUUUUUACUUCAAGGAAAAAACUACAAAUAGGAUGUGAAGCUCCUCGUCGCAGCUUGGCGCUCAGCGAGUGCAGCUUUUCAGAGCAUCAAAGAUCUUGCCGGUGACAAUUUUUUCUCCCUCCGUUAAGGAAGAAGCUCGAGUGAGGAAGCGAAUAUGCUGUCGGAUAGGCAGGCAGCUGGUGCUUGUGCGGUACGGAUCUCCAAUUGACUAGAUGGACGGAGGGAGCGGCUGUGGCGCCGAACCAGGGCAACUGAACAUUCAUACAGCCUGCAGUGACAUGUAAUGGAUAGUUAUCCGUCUGCAAAGGUUUGAGGGUGAACUGAUGAGGUGCUUUACUUCUUCUUCUUCUUCUUCAGCACACAGAGACUUGUUUUCUGUCCACAGUGGGAAUUCAAGGUGACCCGGCAGAAGUGUGACUUUGACCAAGACAAGGAACCUAAUCUGCCUCCAACUUUGACAUCACCAAUAUGUCUCUGGAUACUUGAGUCGAGCAAACAAGUUACGAUCACUGUCUCCUUGGUACAAACUAACAUGGACAAAGUGGUGGUCAGUCUCCUGCUGCUGGGAAUCACCUUCACAAUGGCCCACGCAUGUCCCAAAUACUGUGUGUGCCAGAACCUCUCGGAAUCUCUGGGGACGCUUUGUCCUUCCAAAGGACUCCUCUUUGUCCCGCCGGACAUCGAUAGACACACCGUGGAGCUCCGAUUGGGCGGGAACUUUAUCCUCAAGAUAACCACUCAGGACUUUGCCAACAUGACAGGUCUGGUAGACCUCACCUUGUCCCGCAACACUAUCGGCACAAUCCAGCCUUUCUCCUUCAUCGACCUGGAGACCCUGAGAUCACUGCACCUCGACACCAACAGAUUGACUGAGCUGGGGCCGGACGACCUCCGAGGUCUGAUCAACCUGCAGCAUCUGAUCCUCAACAACAAUCAGCUGAGUCGCAUCUCCAAAGCAGCCUUUGAUGACCUGAUGCUAACCUUAGAAGAUCUGGACUUGUCAUACAACAACCUACGCAGUGUGCCUUGGGAAUCCAUCCGCAAGAUGGUCAACCUCCAUCAGAUGAGUCUGGACCAUAAUCUCAUCGCAUUCAUUGCCGAGGGGACUUUUACAGACCUGGAAAAACUGGCUCGUUUGGACCUAACUUCCAACCGUCUGCAGAAGCUGCCACCGGACCCUAUCUUUGCACGUUCCCAAACUAACGUCGGCAUGAGUACUCCCUACAUACCGCCGCUCUCUCUCAGCUUUGGUGGAAACCCGUUGCACUGCAACUGCGAGGUGCUUUGGCUUCGGAGGCUGGAACGAGAGGAUGACAUGGAAACCUGUGCUUCUCCGACCAGUGUAAAGGGACGCUACUUCUGGUCUGUCCACGAGGAGGAAUUUGUUUGCGAGCCGCCCCUCAUUACGCAGCAUACAAACAAACUGCUAGUGCUAGAAGGCCAAACUGCUAGUCUCCGCUGCAAGGCGGUCGGUGACCCCAUGCCAACCGUGCAUUGGGUGGCCCCCGACGACCGACUGAUCAGCAAUUCUUCUCGAGCGACUCUAUAUGAAAAUGGCACUCUUGACAUUACAAUCACGACGUCCAAGGAUUAUGGAACCUUUACGUGCAUCGCUGCAAACGCUGCCGGGGAAUCCACGGCCUCCAUCGAGCUGUCGAUCAUUCAGCUCCCUCACCUGGCAAACGCUACAAACCGUACCACGCAGUCCAAGUCUGGUCUUUCAGAUAUCACCAGUUCGACCAAGAUCAGUAAAGGGGAGCCGAAAACUCUGCCUGAGAAUGUGGUAUCUGUCUCAGAAGUGUCCUCAGCUUCAGCCCUGAUUAAGUGGACUGUGGGCAAAUCAACACCAAAGGUUAAAAUGUAUCAGCUUCAGUACAACUGCUCUGAGGACGAAGUUCUCAUUUACAGGAUGAUUGCCAUGACUAACAGAGCCUUCGUGGUCACCAAUCUGGUCCCAGGGAUGCAGUACGAUCUGUGCGUAUUGGCCAUCUGGGAUGACAGUGCCACCACACUCACAGCCACCAACAUUGUAGGUUGUGUCCAAUUUGUGACCACCGAUGACUAUCCCCAAUGCCAGUCUCUUCACAGUGGUUUCUUGGGUGGCACCAUGAUCUUAGUCAUCGGCGGUAUCAUAGUGGCCACGCUACUGGUGUUCAUCAUCAUCCUCAUGGUGCGCUAUAAGGUAACCAGCGGUAUCCAGACGAUAAAAUUACCCAGCGUGAGCAAUACGUACUCACAGACCAACGGGGGUGUGAACAGGUUCAACGGCGCCCCGCCGCAAGUCAAAUCGGCCGUGGUGGUCAUGCGUGAGGAAAUGGUUGAGUUCAAAUGCGGAUCCCUUCAGAGCAGUAUCUCGCCAUCCUCGUCCUCCUCCAACUCGCUGGAUAGCCAAACGGGGAGAAGGCUCGGUGACUGCUACAGUAUGCAGGCAGCUGAAUGCAGCACCCUGCCCAGCAGCAAGUUCCGUAGGAACAGGCACAGCCACAAACCGCAAGCAAACUUGGACCACCUUUUAGGAGCCUUCACCGCAAUGGAGCUGCGAAGGACCCCAAGGGACCGUCAAAGUGUAGCUGGCCCCUCCACCGCUUCCAAUACUACGGUGACAGGAGCUGUCGCGCCCCUAUCCGACAAAGAACCUCUACUCGGAAGAGCCGAGUCCACCACCAUGCUGGGCCGUCUUCUGGGGCUGCCCCAGGAAGGUAAACCCAAGAGGAGCCAUUCCUUCGACAUGGGUCACGUGGGGUCCACCCAGUGCCGUGCUAGCUAUCCUCGCAGGAUCAGCAACAUUUGGACUAAACGGAGUUUGUCAGUUAACGGCAUGCUGCUGCAGUACGAUGACAAUGAGGACAAUGAUAAGCCGAGUUUAGAGGGCUCGGAGUGGGUGAUGGAGAGCACCGUUUGAGUACUAUUGGGCCACUAUUGCACUGGACCCAACCCACUUGAUCAAAAUCAUAGACUGGAGAAAUACGUGAUCAAAAGGAAGGCGCGUUACACACGGGACCAGUGUUUGUGUAUUGCCACUUCAAACUUGUCAUUUUUCAACAAAGCACUUAACUCGGACAGUCUUCGAGUGUGUGUACAAAAUAGUUGACCUUUAUUGACUCUUGGAUUGCACAGCAAUGGCUUGGAAUACUUUCCCUCAACAUGGCAAAGAGGGAAGAGAGACCAAAUAUUCGGAGCUCUUGAUCAAAUGAAUUGACUGCCAAGUGGAUUUGCCGCAGUUACCGUGAAUGGGAUGUACUUUUGUGUGACCCCACCGCGACGAUAAGACUGCCGCCACAGUUGAUCGAAGGACCGCAGGAUCACAAUGUGGGGGCGGCGCCGGGUGAUUUAAAUGUUUUUGUUUUUUUAUCAAGGUUGUUGUUGUUUUUUUUAUCAUUUAUACUAUUUAUUAUUUUGACCGAUACAUCAAGUUACAGAUGUACAGCUCGGUUAUCCAGCAUCAUCCAAAUGUCACAAAAGGUAGCCAUUUCAUUCCACAUGAUGUCAUUUCCAGUCACAUCAAAGAGCAAGCACAAUAUUUAUUAUGCGGCCCUUCUUUCAACAUCAAGUAAAAGAUUGAAACAGCACAUUUUUUCUCGCCUUCUACUUUGGGUCAUGUAAGAAACGUAGCACAAAGCAGGUGAAAUCCUUUGGAUCCAGUCUAUGUUCACUCUCAUUUGCUUUGCAUUCCAUUGGUCAAGCUGAUGACAAAGGUCAGAUGAAUCUAGUGAAUGGCCAAAAAAAUGAGGAUAUUGCAGUCUAGUUAGGUUAAAAAUCAGCCCGAAAUAAUGAUAGCAAAAUGAGAAAAAAAAGAAUAUCAUAUCUGUUAAACCCGAUGGCAUGGAAGAGAAAGGCUGCUGCCGAGUUGAUUCAUUCUCUUUCAUUCCGAGUUGUAAAUGAUUCUUACUUUUACUUUGUGGCGUUUCACAAUGAUUGACUAACUAAGAUUUAGCCACUCCCUGUUUUGAUGCCUUUCCCAAUAUCCUGUGGGUUUUUGCUGCAUAUGAUUCUGUUGGAUGUUUCUAUAUUUUUUUAAAUUGAUUUGAUCCCUUGGUGUAGCAUUCUGUAUAUUGGCAUAUUUUGUACAAAUAACUGGUUGGAAUGUAAACGUGGGGAAAUCAUUUGGUGAUGUUUUAAUUUUCAUUGCAAGCAAACAGUGAAGGUGCUUUACUGUGGUGUACUAACUUGGUCGUUUCUAGCUGGCUCAGUCAAAUGGGAUUUUCCACAACUGUAAGACAAGUGGCAACCUACUUCUUUUUAAAAUGUCAAUUUAAAAAAAAAAGAAGAAAAAUCACUCAAAUCAGAAACCAAAUAAAUCCUUACCGACAGACAUUGUCUUUUGUUUCCCCUUCGAUCAGAUUGGUCACUAUGUUGCCAUGACUUACAGUACCUCUUGUCCCCACUACAUCAGGGUAACCCAAAAAAAAAAAAAAAACAUUUCCCAAGAAGUGACGACAUUGUUGAUAAAAGAGACAUUUGUAUUUUGUGAACGGACAAUUUAACUUACUAGUUCUAUUUGUGUCAUCCCUUUUCACGCUGCUAAGAAUACAAUUGUGUGCGUGACUCGGCUUAGUCAUGAUUCUGCGACUCAAGGAUUUAAAA